AAACCUAACAUGUCUUAUAUUGGGUUGAUUUCUAUGGCUAUUCAAAGUUCGUCGAGUAAAAAGAUGUUACUGUCAGAGAUAUACAGAUGGAUUGUGAAUAAUUUCCCCUAUUAUAAAAUGUCAGAUAGAAGUUGGAGGAAUAGUGUCAGACAUAAUCUCUCUCUUAAUGAAUGUUUUAUUAAAUGUGGACGAAGUGACAAUGGUAAAAGUCAUUAUUGGACAAUCCAUCCUGCCAAUAUGAAUUGUUUCUCUCAUGGUGAUUUUAGAAGAAGACAUGCUCGACAGUUAGUCAAGAGA